AUGUACCAAUUAAACACUUUAUCCAUUCAACCUGAAGGUGAAUGCCAGUGUGCUGUGGAAGGUUUGCCAGAAGUCCCUUCAGUGCCACAGCCAACAACUGCUGCAGAAGCAGCAAAAGAACCUGAAGCUCCAGCAGCUGAAGAACCGCCAGCAGCAGAGGAGGCUGUAGCUGUACAAGAGCUUCAACCAUCAGAGGGGCCUGAAGCAGCAGAGGAGCCUCAAGUGGUAGAAGCAGCUGAGCCUGUCGUAACUGAAGCAGCUGAGCCUGAAGUAACUGAGGCAGCUGAGCCUGAAGUAACUGAGGCAGCUGAGCCUGAAGUAACUGAGGCAGCUGAACCUGAAGCAACAGAGGCAGCCGAGCCUGAAGUAACCGAGGCUGCUGAGCCUGAAGUAACUGAAGCAGCUGAGCCUGAAGUAACUGAAGCAGCUGAGCCUGAAGUAACUGAAGCAGCAGAGCCUGUAGUAACUGAGGCAGCAGAAGCGGUUGCUGAAGAGGCUGCUGAAGCACCAGCAGAAGCAGCUCAAGUAACUGAAGAAGCACCAGCAUCACAGGAAGGAGGAGCACCGGGUGUCUGCAUAUGUCCGGAAGAAGUACCAGAACCAAAAGAGGAACCAGUUUGUAAGUGUGCUUCUGCAGUAGGAGUAGCUGCACCAUCACCACCACCACCAGGUGAAGCUGCACCACCUCCAGCAGGCGAAGCUGCACCUCCAGCAGCCGAAGCUGCACCACCAAAAGCUGAACCGACAGCAAAAGUUGACACAGUGGAUUAUGGUCCACGAGUUGAUCAUAUAACAGAUUGUGAUACAGAAUUUGAUGAAUUCCAAGAAGUUCCUGAAGCUGUAAAGAAAGCUAUAGCAGAAGAAGAAGCAGCAUUGUAUGCUAAGGCAUUCCCACCAGUUAUGCCAGUGAUCACCCGUCCUCCUCCAGCUGCUCCUACAGAGGCUCCAGCAGAAGCACCUGCAGCUGAAGCACCCGCAGCAGCAGCAGAACCGGCUGCAGCUGCUGAGCCUGGUGCAGCUGAGGCAGCUGCACCUGAAGCACCAACAGCACCACCUGAAGCAGCUGCACCUGAAGCAGCUGCGCCUGAAGAAGCUGCACCUGAAGCAGCUGCGCCUGAAGCAGCUGCAGUGGCAGCAGCACCAGCUGCAGCUGCUGGUGAUCAGUCUGCACUGGAUCAGUUAAUCGAAAUGACUAAAGCUCUUCAAGCAGCAUUUGAGCACAUAAGGGGCUGCCCAAGUUGUUCUUCGACCGUUGGUCCCACUCUAGAAGGAAUAAUUGAUACACUAGGUCGUAUUACUAGUUCAUUAACUGAAGCACAUGGUGGAGCACCUGGUGCACCGGCAGCACCAUUGAGUGCACCAGGAGCUGCUGCACCAGUAUCAGCAGAAGAGCAGGAUAUGUUUCCAUCGGCACCAGUUAUUGAUGAAGAAGAAUGUGUGCCAUUUAAUGUUGUCUCAUCUGAUCCAGAGUGUGGCAUUCUAUGCUGGAGAGCCUCUGAAGAAUUUGUUGAUGCUCAGGGAGAGCUUCCACAACCAAGAGAAUAUGCAACAUCAGACCCUAACUGCACCAUUCUUUGUUGGGAUGACAUUUCAUUUGAAAAGGUGAAGCAAAUGCCAUUGGCAGUGAAACCACCAGAACUUGAAUCGAAAGGUUUGGAGGAGGGUCAGUUAUUAACUACGGUUGCUUUGGAAGCUGCUACAACAGAACCAUUGUCUGUUUCUGCAGAUAUCAAAGACACGAGCGGCCCAGCAGUGAGUGCAACAGUUGAAAGAAGUUCCCAAGAAUCAUUUGAGUACAGUGAGGAGUGUUAUAGCCGAUUAACUGCUGAAGAUUUUCCAUUUGGUGACCAAGGUUCUUUCGUUCUGGAACAAGGAAAAUUAUGUGCAUUCACAGAUAGUGAAUUAGAACUCCCUUUUGAAGAAGAUGCAGAAAGUGUUUACCUGGAUCCACAAGAAAGACUGUUUGAGAAUGAAUUUCCUGAAUGUUUGAGUCAGGCAGCUAUGAUAAAAGAAUACAAACCUGUUCAACAAUUGACCACUGUAGCUGGGGAAGAUGUCUGCAUAUGUUCAGGAGUGUGCACAUGCUCAAGUGGAGGAACUGCACCAGUGGAAACAGAACCACUUUUAGGAGAAAAGAAGUUAUCUGAAGAAUCAGAAGAAUCAGAAAAACCUCAUGUUCUGGAGGAGUUAGCUCCUGUAAGUACAGAAGUUCCUGCUGCAACAGAAAUAGCAGCAUUUGAUGAAAAAGUUUCAGAUGUGUCACCUGUACAGGUGGCACCAGAAGAACCAAUGGUGCUGGGAGAAGGAAAGGUUAUAGAAGAAAAAGUAGCUGCCACCCCUGGAAAAACAGUUUGCUCGUGUUCAGGAGUGUGCACGUGUUGUGCACAGUGCACAGGAAUUGCACCAGUUAAAACAGAAAUACCUGUGGCAUUAGAAAAGGUGUCUGAGGAGUCAGUUACAGAAAGUUUGUACACAAGAAUUUCAGCAGAGGAAUUCUACUUUGGUGAUCCAGGUUCCUUUGUAUUAGAGCCGUCUAAGACCUGUGAAUUUACAGACAGUGAACUAGACCUACCAUUUGAGGAGGAAGUAGAAAGUGUAUAUCUUGGUUCAUCAGAAAGAUUGUUCAUGGAUGAAUUUCCUGGAAGUGCUAAUAUACCUCCUUUAAUUGUGCAACCUCAUGUUGUGCUGGAGUUAGCUCCUGUAACUGCAGAAAUCCCUGGCACAACAGCAAUAACCGCAUUUGAUGAAAAAGUUUCAGCCUUAUCACCGGUAGAGGUGACAGCCGAAGGACCAACAGUGCUCGGCAAGGGAGAGAUUACAAAAGCUGGGUGCAUAUGUUCAGGAGUUUGCAGAUGCACAAGUACAGCAAGCGCACCAGUUGAAAAAGAACUGCAUUUGCCAGAAGAAAAGAUAUCAUGGGGGUCAUUUACUGAAAGUUUAUACACCAGAACUUCAGCAGAAGACUUUUACUUUGGUGAGUUUGGUUCUUAUGCUUUAGAAGGGCCUUCAAAGAUAUGCAAGUUUACAGAGAGUGAGCUAGAACUGCCAUUUGAGGAGGAAGUGGAAAGUGUAUAUCUUGGUUCAUCAGAAAGAUUGUUCAUGGAUGAAUUUCCUGGAAGCGCUAAUAUACCUCCUUUAAUUGUGCAACCUCAUGUUGUGCUGGAGUUAGCUCCUGUAACUGCAGAAAUCCCUGGCACAACAGCAAUAGCAGCAUUUGAUGAAGAAGUUCCACAGUUAUCACCGGUAGAGGUGACAGCAGAAGGACCAACAGUGCCUGACGAGGGAGAGAUUAUAAAAGCUGGGUGCACAUGUUCAGGAGUUUGCAGAUGCACAAGUACAGAAAGUGCACCAGUUGAAAAAGAACUACAUUUUCCAGAAGAAAAGAUAUCAUUGGGGUCAUUUACUGAAAGUUUAUACACCAGAACUUCAGCAGAAGACUUUUACUUUGGUGAGUUUGGUUCUUAUGCUUUAGAAGGGCCUUCAAAGAUAUGUGAGUUUACAGAGAGUGAGCUAGAACUGCCAUUUGAGGAGGAAGUGGAAAGUGUAUAUCUUGGGUCGACAGAGAGGUUAUUCCAGGAUGAAUUUCCUGAAAAUGCAAAAUUACCUGCUUUCAACAUGGAACCUGCUACCAUAACUGAUGUAGUGUUGCCCCAAGCAGUGCUUGAAGUUCCAGAAACAACAAGUGAAACUGUUCCUGUGGUAAUGAUUACUCCUUUGACAGGCGUAGAAGUUCCAACAAGACUAGAAGCUCCAAAAAGACAAGAAGCUCCAACAAGAUUAGAAGCUCCAACAAGACAAGUAGCAGCCGAAGGUUACAGGAUUGAAAGGGCAACAAGCAGUACUGGAGAACUUCGUGAUGAAAUUUAUUAUGAUGUUCUUGGGAGGACAGCAAUGGAACCUGGUACAGAACAUAUUGUUGCAGAAGUUUCAUAUAUGCUUGUGGAACCACUGGAAGCUAUCAGAAAGAUGGAAGAUGAAAUUAUGUCUGAGAUUCCAAGAAUACUGUCGGAGCUACUAGCCAAAUGUGAAGGUUCACCUGAAGGAAAACCAGAACUUUCUGAGAUACAGCAUGUUUUAUCUGAAGUACUAGCAAAAUGUGCAGCUGUAGAUGCUGAUAAGCAAACAAUUAUGGAAAAUGUUAUUACUGAAGUACUGACAAAAGGUGAAGGAGGACUAGAGGCAGGUGAUGUACACGAUAUUUUGAAAGAGUUGAUAGGAAAAUGUGAAGGUACAGUUCCAGGAGCAUUACAGAUACCUGAUACAAUUAUAGUUACAGGAGGAACAGAAUCACCUGAUGUCAAGGCUAUUCUGUCAGAUGUUAUAUCAAAAUGUGGAGAAAAAGGUAAAAUAGAACCAUUUGAUAUAGCUCGAAUAUUAUCUGAAGUGAUCACAUCACAGGUCGCAAUUCAGUCACGGGCUGGAGUUCCAGAGCAGCUUGUUACUCCACAGGUACUUGAACUGUUACCUGAGGGUGUUAUUCCUCCUGAACAACAAGAAAUAAAACAGAAGCGUGUUUGCACUUGUGACUCAUCCCCUAAGUAUGGAGCAAUUAAAGAUACAGCUGCUGAAAAGACAGAACCACAGGUGCUGAUUCAGGAUACUGAAGCCUUUGUAUCUGCAACUGAAGGUCCAUCUGCACAUGAAGAACAUGUCAUGCAAGUUGCUGCAGUUAGUGGCUCAGAUGCAUCAUUCGAAUAUAAUGAAGAUAGUUAUAGUAGGGUAACAGCAGCAGACUUCCCAUUUGGUGAAACAGGUUCCUGCGUAUUGGAACCUCCAAAGGAAUAUGGAUUUACAGACAGUGAACUUGAACUACCAUUUGAGGAAGAAGAGCCUAUUGUAGAAUUGGGACCAGAGGAAAGGCUAUUUCAGAAUGAAUUUUCUGGAGUAGUAACAGCAACUCAGAAACCUCCCACUAUAACCACUGAUGCUGCAGAAGAAGCUUUCAUGCCUGAAGAAGUUGCAAUUACAGUUGGAGUUCCAGGUACAACAGAAGAGCCAGAAGGAGGACUUCCAGGUACAGCAGAAGAGAGAGAGGUGCCUGAAGAAACCACAGUUACAGGGGAAGUUCCAGUUACAGCAGAGGAGCUAGAAGAGGAAACAUUUUUUGAAGCUAUUGGUGAAACACUACCUGAAGAGAAAACUAUUGGAGAAAACAUUCUUGCAGAUGAGGCACGAGAGCGUGAAGGUGAAGGAGACAUGGAAACACAGCUGGCGUCUCUUCGACAUAGGGUGUCUAACAAGUCAAAAGAAAUCAUCGAAAUCAAGACACUGCUGUCACAACUGCAGCAACAACAAACAUGUUUGGAAGGGAGAUUGGGUGUGGAGCCAUCACAGUUUCCUGAAAUGGUUAUGGCUGAAGAAGACUAUACAAAACCUGUUGCAAUAGGGCCUGGUGCUCGACCUUCUCCUUCAGAACUGCAAGCUGCAAUCUCCUCUCUUCAAGACAAAUGUAAACUUAAAGAUCAUAUGAUAGGUGCUAUGGUGGAAGAGCUGCGAGCUCGUGCCCAGAGUGGCAUAUGGAAUGAGCUGAAAACACGAAUUGCAUCACCAGAAUUGCCUCAGCCAGACUACACACGAUCACAAGUUGUUGAGUACCUUACACCUGAAGCACAGUUUCCACAACUCACUCCUGGGCCUACUGGUCCAUGUUCAUGCUCUGGGGAUUCCAAGCCCACAUCAAUGGCUUUGUCUCUUCCUCCUGCAAAAGAAGAACGUGCAUGUGUAGCUACAGCACCAUUAUCUCUACAAGUACCUAUUACAACAUGUACUUGCCCAGGUGAUUUCAAGAUUGUGCGAAAAAUAGGAGCUGACAGCUUGCUGCUUGGGUGGCAAGUCCCAUCAACUUCUGCAAAUCUUUCAGGCUAUGAUAUUUAUGUCAAUGGUGUACUGCAGUGCAAAGUGUGGAGUGGGACUCGCAAUCGUGCUCUUCUUCAUUGCUUGGAUUUAAGUUCACCAAUGGUGAUUCUGUUGUAUGGCCGUACAACUAGUGGACAACUGAGUGGUCCAGCUCGAAUUACUUAUCCUGGUGGAGUAUAAGAUAUGGAAAAUCUGCAACAUUGUUCUAAUACUAGCAAAGUUAAUUAGCAGUUGAGGUGUUGUACAAAAUCUCCAGUAAUUACAGUUAUCAGAAACUGUACAUCAGAUUAUAUUCCCUGAGGGAUUAUUAGUUAACAUAUUGAUGAUCUGUCCAAAAGAAAAAAGAAUCUCUGCAUUUUAACUUUUGUUAUGUCACAAAUUGUAAUAUUCCUCAUUUUUUAUUUGUAAAUUCUGUGGCAGUAUUUUAUGUCAGCUCUCUGUAAAUUACACUUGUGUUUGGGCUAUAUUAAUAAAAAGCUUGGCUUUAUUUCAUGUU